AUGAUGUUGUUUGUCUACUCUCCAAGUGCCGUCGUCUGCGAUAACACCAUAUCAGAUACAUCUUGCCAGGCCUUGUACCUACCUGCCGAUGACGCAGCUGAAGUUUUAUAUCCAGUUGCUGGUGGAAAUGCUGGAAGACCAUUCAAUUGUUACAACACAGCCGGAGAAGCAGGAGCAGCAAAUCCCGACAUGGUCCGUGCCGCAAUAAGUACAUGCCCAAAGACUUGUGGUUUCUGUUGUCUGACUAGUGAUUAUAAUUGCAGAAAUGUUCAGUUCCCUCGUCUCAACUGCGCUACCAUCACUGCCGCACAAUGUCGUUCCACUCAAUGGCGUACUAUCAUUGCCGAGGAUUGUCCAUCUGCAUGCGGAUUCUGUAAUUCUGGAGGAUGUGUGGAUGGUGUCAUGGACUGUGCAAAUGAUCUCUCCGUCUGUAACGCUGUUGGAAUGCAAGACUUUGUGAAUACUUAUUGUCAGAGAACUUGCAACCGAUGUGCAUCCACUACUGCGGCUUCCAGUGGCACCGGAACAAGUUGCACAAGAUUUGUUGGAGAUUCAAGUACCGCUUGUUCCGCAUGGGCUGCUAAUGGAUUCUGUACAAACACAUUCUACACGCUUGCACAGAGAAGACAGUACUGUGCGACAACGUGCAGAAUCUGUUAG